CUGCAAAGUCCUUUUCAACAGCAACAUUUGCUCUUGUCAAGGCUAGACCCCCACUCUCCCCCUCAAACUUACCAUCCCUGCUUCAUUUCUCUCUCUCACUGUCGACACCGGCCAAAGCGCAACCAGGUCUUUGCCCAAACUCAUAUCCCAUCCACACACUCGUUAGCAUCUCAAGCAAUGCCACCACGCUCGUCGGCCCGCAACGCGUCAAAGCCGACAUCGGCGACGGCGGCAAAGCCCGCCACCAAGAAGACAACGCCCAAGCCCUCUUCCAAGCCUGCUUCAAAGCCCAAGUCUUCGGCCAAGGACAAGGACGACGAGGAGACCAAGGCCACCACUAAGCCUGCGUCCAAGGCCAAGCCUGCAUCCAAGCCUGCACCAAAGGCCGCGAAGCCUGCAUCCAAGGCCGAACCCAAGGCCGAACCCAAGGCCGCAACCAAGGCAAAGCCUAAGGCUUCUCCCAAGGUUGAGGACAAGCCCGCCCCUGCUCCCAAGGUCAACGGCACCAAGAGGGGGGCCUCCGAGCAGCCUAAGAAGGAGGUCGUCAAGAAGCGCCGCACCGGCACUAUUAUCAACCCCAUCGCCAAGCCCGAGGGAACGGGUCUCAGCGCUUUCGUCUGGGGCACUGGCGACAACGGCCAGUUUGGCACUGGUCCCGAUGACCUCGGAGAGAAGCCCCGCCCUCAGCUAAACACUUGGUUUGAGGAGAAGCGGGCGCAGGGUGAGAUGGGCAACGAAUCCAACCAUGGUGGCCUCGAGGCCAUCGCCUCUGGCGGCAUGCACAACCUCGGCAUUGACGAGUUGGGUCAGGUACGCUCCUGGGGCAUCAAUGAUGGCGCCCAGCUCGGUCGCAAGACUGUUAAUAUCCCCGACCCAUCUGAUUCCUCGGCUGUGAUCCCCUUCGAGGAGCUUGAGACGCAGCCUCUUGUCGUCGAGGCGCUCAAGGCCGACGGCUUCCGGGCUGUAAAGGUCGCUGCUGGUGACGGUGUCUCCAUCGCCCUCAGUGACUUGGGCGACCUGCGCGCUUGGGGUUCGUUCCGCAGCAACGAGGGUCCACUGGGCUUUGAUGGCGUUCCGGGUCACGACAAGAAGCAAUUCAAGCCCAUGGAGCUGCCAGGCCUCGCUCGCGUCGAGAUUGCCGACGUCGUCUGCGGGUCCGACCAUGUUCUUGCUCUCACCACCGACGGGUUUGUCUAUGUCUGGGGCAACUCGCAGCAGGGCCAGCUUGGCCGCCGUGUGCUGGCUCGUCGGCCGCUCAACGCCCUUGAGCCCGAGCGCCUCGGUCUGCGCAACAUUGUGCUUGUCGGGGCAGGCAGUUACACCUCUUUCGCAGUCGACGUGGCCGGCAAGGUCUACGCUUGGGGACUCAACACUUUCAAGCAGUGUGGGCUUAGUGGCUACCAGGCCAAGGAGGAGAUGAUCAUGAGCCCCACCGAGAUCGAGAGCCUCUCUCCCGAUGCGCACAACGGGGCACGGGUCGUCCAGAUUUCGGGUGGUGAGCACCAUACGCUCUUCCUUUUCGACGACGGGUCCGUUUGGGGCUGCGGUCGGCAAGAUGCGCACGAGAUUGGCGUUUGCGACGACCACCCGGCCCAGGAGGGGCUUCGCGAGCGCAAGGAGGCGAUCCGUGCCGAGAAGCAAGCUCUUCUCGACGAGCUGAAGGAGAAGGACGAAAAGGUCAGGAACGACUCGUCGGCCACCGAUGAGCAGAAGGAGGAGAUCCAGCUCGAGCUUUUGAAGGCUGAGGCGUCUCUACGCGUCAAGUCCAACGAGUACAUCCCGGAGCCCAUUCGUAUUUGCUUCCCCAAGAGCCCCAAGCAGUACGGCGACGUGCCCGAACUGGAGGAGUACACUGAGGAGGUCAUCAACCCCAUCGUGUCCAUCUCAUGCGGUCCGCGCUACAACGUGGCCGUCUCGCGCUCCGGCUGGGUAUACACCUGGGGUCUGGGCCUUCAGUGCGAGCUCGGGCUGGGUGCCAACACGGACGACGCGGAGACCCCCACCCUCUGUCGCUCUGCGCAGCUGCGUCCGUACGACGCGGUCACCGCCAGCGCUGGCGGCCAGGUCUGCGUUUUGCUCGCCAAGAAGCGCGAGGAGGACCAGUAAGAUGUGGAAGGUUAUUAGUCGACGAACCAGAUAUAGUAUCGUUAGAUAUCACUAGCAUGUAGUGGUGUUCCGAAGCAAGUCUGCGUGUGUCUGAGAACGAUACGUUACACGAUGAAUGGCGGUUCGGACGAGCG